AUGAAAUAUGGUCUAAUAGACGCAGAAACUAACGAAGAAUUUAAAAUAAUAGUAAACAGCAGGGAUGCAAACAGAGCGCGAACUGAUUUAAAAUAUGCUACGCAGUUAUUGCAGCAUGCGAAACUUUCGACCCAAAUAGGUUAUACUUCGUCACAAGGUACUAGUACUAGUAGCAAUGUACAAGAAACAGAUAGCAAUACUAGUAGCAAUCUAGAAGAAUUAGGUAGCAGUCAAGAAGAAGCCAUAAGUUUUGAAGAACAAGAAGCUGCCAUAAGUUUUGAAUGUGCAGAAGUCCUAACUACACAUGCUUGGACAAAACAAGAAACGUUAUUAUUGUUACAAUUGUAUCGUGAACACCAUAAAAAAUUUGUUAGUGGAAAAGGUUCAAUAAAAAAAAAUUGGAAUAAUAUUGCAAAAUUUAUGCAAGAAAAAGGACAUAAUAUAAACGGUUAUAAAUGUUCAACAAAGUUUCAAUCUUUGAAACGUACAUACAAAUGUAUUACAGAUCAUAACAAGAAAAGUGGCAAUAAUAGGAGAGACUGGGAAUAUUUACAGAUAAUGCAAGAACUAUUUGGGGAUAAACUCUGGGUGCAGCCUUUGGCUGUAGCAGGAUCGCAUGAGAAAGAAAAUAUAUUCAAUUUUGAAGAAGAAUUUGCACAUAAAGCCAUUACAAGGACGAAGACGAAUAAACAAAUAAAUGAUUAUAUAAUAUUUAGUAAAGAAGAUCGUACUAAACGCAGAGAAACUCGUACAAAACAGCACGAAGAAAAACUGAACGCUUUUAAAAGAAUAGAAAAUUUAUUACAAUUGAUAGAGAAAGAAAAAAAAACAGAAAAUUAG